AUGCGAUCAGUAGAAAGCCUUGUCCACCAGGCACCUGUUGGAGAGUUUCUUUCGGAAACAAUGGGUGGCAUUCUCAACCAAAGCGGAUGGGGAAUUUUGAACAGAAGUUUAACGGAUCAACACAAGUUCAGCAGUCUGGAAGACAUCGAUGUUACUGCUGACGGCAGCCUCGUCCUGCGGAUUAUCAUCUCGGUGGUUUAUUCCGCGGUGUGCGCCGUGGGUUUGGUCGGAAAUCUUUUGUUGUUUUUCCUUAUGAAAAUAAGACAAGGUCGAAAAAAAUCCAUCAUAAAUUUCUUUGUAAUCAAUUUAGCUGUCACCGACUUUCAGUUUGUUCUGACCUUGCCUUUCUGGGCUGUAGAUACAGCGUUGGAUUUCAGCUGGCCGUUUGGUAACGCCAUGUGCAAGAUCAUUUUAUCAGUCACUGUGAUGAACAUGUACGCCAGCGUCUUUUUUCUCACCGCAAUGAGCAUUACGCGCUACUGGUCUGUCGCAUCUGCUUUAAAGAUCCCUUCUCGAAACAAGUCCGUGUCUGUGAAGUGGAUCUGUGCUGUAUUGUGGAUCUUGGCGACUGUGGCAACAGCUCCAACUUCCAUUUUCUCCACCGUGACAGUUGUGGCAGGUGAAAAACUCUGCCUCCUCAAGUUUCCAGAUGGCCAGGAUUGGCUUGCUCUGUAUCACCUUCAGAAAAUUGUCAUUGCGUUUAUCUUGCCCAUGUUUAUUCUCUCAGUAUGUUAUCUAUUACUUUUGAGGUUUAUCCGAAAGAGGGGCAUUAAUACCCGCCAAAGAAGACGAUCGAAAGUAGCAAAGUCUGUAACGGUGGUGGUCCUCUCUUUCUUCAUUUGCUGGAUGCCAAACCAUGCGAUCACCCUCUGGGGCGUGCUGGUGAAACUGAACGCGGUGCACUGGGACAAAACAUACUACAUGGUGCAUACUUAUGUUUUCCCCGUGACUGUUUGUCUUGCUCAUACUAAUAGUUGUUUAAACCCAGUUUUGUAUUGUUUAAUGCGACGGGAGUUUAGGAAAAUGUUACAUGGUUUCUUUUGGCGCAUAUCCUCGCCUGUUAUCUCGAACGCUGGAAAACUACAUGGAUACAGUGGAGGCAGCAAGCAAAACCUGGAUGACGCACAUACUGGAAUUCAUUUGAACGUGAUUGACGCACAACGCUGCCAAGAAUCCGGUCAACCGACCUUAAACUGA